AUGGCGGACCGAUACUCCUUCUCUCUCACAACCUUCUCCCCCAGUGGAAAGCUGGUGCAGAUUGAGUAUGCCCUCAAUGCUGUAAACCAGGGUAUCACUGCCCUUGGCAUCAAAGCCACCAACGGUAUCGUUCUUGCCACCGAGAAGAAGUCAUCAUCCCCUCUGGCCGACCAGAGCUCCCUCUCCAAGAUCAGCGACAUCACCCCCAACAUCGGUAUGGUGUACUCUGGCAUGGGCCCUGAUUAUCGAGUAUUGGUGGACCGAGCACGCAAGGUUUCGCAUAGCGGCUACAAGCGCAUCUACAACGAGUACCCCCCUACCAGAAUAUUGGUGCAGGAUGUCGCCCGAGUGAUGCAGGAGGCCACGCAAUCCGCCGGUGUUCGACCUUAUGGUGUGAGUCUGUUGGUUGCUGGUUGGGAUGAGGGCAUUGAACCUGAGGAGGAGAGCAAGACCACCGAGGAGAGCGAGGAGAAGAAGGUCAACCGAAAGACUGGUGGUAUUCACAAAGGCGGUCCCAUGCUGUACCAGGUCGAUCCUUCUGGCAGUUACUAUCCAUGGAAGGCUACAGCCAUUGGCAAGAGUGCAACAAAGGCCAAGACAUUCUUGGAAAAGCGAUACUCGGAGGAGCUCGAGCUUGAGGAUGCCAUCCACAUCGCGCUGUUGACCCUGAAGGACAACAUCGAGGGUGAGAUGAACGGUGACAGCAUCGAGAUUGGUAUUGUUGGUGCUCCCGCAGACCAUCUUCUGGGCCUUGAGGGUGUUGAUGGGGCUGUCGGACCCCGUUUCAGAAAGCUGACCCCUCAAGAGAUUGAGGAUUACCUGACGAGUCUAUGA